CCGAGAAUGCGACCCCAACUCCGGCCCCUCGGGAUGAUGCUACUCUUGUGUUUGCCUAUGCUUCAGUCGAGGUUGCUCCUGUCUCUGUCGACGUCGAGCCUGCCCCUCAGGACGAAGCUUCUAUGGUACGCACCGACAUAAUGUCUUCCUCUCAUAGCACCAACUCUUUCUCCACCAGCAUUGAUGAGCUUUUUGGUGGCAUCAGAGUUCCAAAUCCAGCUCUUCCAGCCGAGAAUGCGACCCCAACUCCGGCCCCUCGGGAUGAUGCUACUCUUGUGUUUGCCGAUGCUUCAGUCGAGGUUGCUCCUGUCUCUGUCGACGUCGAGCCUGCCCCUCAGGACGAAGCUUCUAUGGUACGCACCGACAUAAUGUCUUCCUCUCAUAGCACCAACUCUUUCUCCACCAGCAUUGAUGAGCUUUUUGGUGGCAUCAGAGGUGGUAUCAGUGGCAAGGUUACUAGCCCACCAUAGAGCAACUUUUUUUUUUUUUUGCAACUUAAUUUUCAAUUCUUGUAGCUUGAGGGAUGUAAAGCCCUCCUUUUUGGAAUGCAAGGGUGUUUUUUUCUUUUGCUAAGUGUUGUUUUCUUUUCCUUUCUUGUCUUUGCCAUCAGGGCCAAGUCUUUUACUGGGGACCUCAACAUUAGAGAUGGCAGUGGACCAGAGAAAAAUGGGUAUUCGUCCAAACCCGUCUCGUUUGGACCGGGGAUGGAUUAUACGUAUUGGACGGUGGACGUAUACGAGAUACCCGUAUAAACCUGUGUGGGGAUGGACUUACUCUUACCCCCGCCCUGUCCCCAUCCUCGUUAAACCCUAAGGCGCCUAAGUUACUCUUCCUCCCCUAUUAGCACCGCCCCCCUCUCUCUCUCUCUCUCACAUACACACUCCUCUUCGAGACUCUCGCCUCUCACCUCUCUCUGCUUCUCUCAGUCGAUUGAUCCCUAGUGCCUCCUCCUCUUUGAGUCUUAGAGACUCUCGCCUCUCUCGCUGUCUUAUCUUC